AUGGGAUCACCGAGUAUCUACAAUGCACCGCUUCCACCGCUACCGAUAGAAGACGAUACACAGGACAAAGAGUCUACUGCUCUUUCCUCGUCCUCCAACUCGUCCUCAUCGCUGUCUGCGUCUCUGGACAAUGCUUCUGCCAACACACACAUAUCAAGCUCCACUAUACAGCCAAACCCGAUGCGAUCAUUAUCAGCGACAACACUGACAAUGCGACCUCCACCAAGUGGUGGUGGCAGCCAAACCAAGCGGCACAGUGUGAGAUCCAAUUCUGGAUCGUCUACCUCGCAUCCACGACAAGCGAGUUCAGCCAGUCUAGAUAGGUCCAUCUCACAGCCAGCGCAAAAACCCACAUCACCCAUCACAUCACCUUCUAUCCACAAAUCACUUACAGCAUUAGACGCCAAAUCAAUCACUCGUGAUAUGGAGAAAUCCGCACUCCAGCUACGAGGAGGAGACGAUGUCAUGUCGCCCACAUCACCUUCCAACGCACAGUUACAGCAGCAACAGCAACAGCAUAACUUUUACUUUGCCAACAAUACAGCGAGCAACAUCUCAUUUCAGUCCAUGGCAGCACAAUCCAUGGCAGCCACACCGCCCAACUUCCAGUACCAUAGACAAAACAGUCUAAGCAGCGCUACACUACCACCCGUAGCUGUCAGUCAUCAUGUCACUUCAGCGCAGGGAGAUGCUUGGCAAACAUUGUGUGUUCGAGUGCUGCCUCUGUUCAAUGGAGAGGGCGUGCAAGGCGCUAUUGAAGAUCUUAACGAGCUACUACGACGAUGUCUAUCAGACUCCAUUACACCCAAAUUUUACCGUGAUAUAGAGGCGCUGCUGAGAGACGGCAUGUUUACGCUGAAUGCCAAAAUGUUUGGCGUGACAGAUGAAAAGCUGCUAGAUCGACUUGUUGAGCAGUGGUCCUUUUUCUUUACGUAUGCGUUGCCUUAUUUUGAAGCAGUGUUCUUGCCAUUGCGAACAGAUGUGCGCUACAGAUCACCUGAUGAAGCCGAGAUGUGGAACGUGCGUAAUAUGGCUCUACGUAGUUUUAGAGACAAUGUAAUUUUGCUGCAGACAAAACGAUUAGAAGAUGUCUUCAACAAGCUGUUUACUGAUUUCGGAUCAUCGCAAAACCCAGCAGCAACAGCCGCCAAAAUGCUUCAAAUGACAUCGCUACUAGCCUCUUCGCCAGAUCACAAUGAAGAGAUUGAACGAGUGUUAUCCAACCUCAAGGCGAAUUGGAAGAUCAUGAUGACCAAAGGCGAUAGAAGGGGAUUUGCAGGUGUAAGAAAAGUUAAACCAUUGAGGUCUGAUAUGACCAAUCAUAUGUUUAGCACUUUUCAAUAA